CUGGAGACGAGGAAUACACUCAAUCCUUUCUAUUCUCUAUUUCAUUUGGCAUGUUCUUUGCAAACAGGAAAGAAUCGGAGGCUGAAGCAGGCCAAAGAAGAAGCCCAGGCAGAGAUUGAGCAGUACCGCCUGCAGAGGGAGAAGGAGUUCAAGGCCAAGGAAGCAGCGGCACUUGGAUCUCAUGGCAGCUGCACCACUGAAGUUGAGAAAGAGACCCAGGAAAAGAUGAGCGUUAUCCAGCAGAACUUCCAGAAGAACCGGGAGGUGGUCCUCUCCCAGCUCUUGUCUCUUGUGUGUGACAUCAAACCUGAAAUCCAUGUGAAUUACCGCAUCAAUGGGUAGUCGUGGGAGAAGGAAUAAGCAUAAUGGGAAUGGCUGGUAGUAACAGCUGAGCUUCAGGUGGAAUGUACAGCUUUUAGCCAUACCUUAACUGUUCUUGUAAAUGUGCUAAGUUA